AUGGAUGACCGGACGACUGCUUUUAUCGUCGGUUCUUCGUACCAACCACUGGACAUAAUCGGGGAAGGCGCUUACGGAGUCGUCUGUUCUGCAGUACACAUUCAAUCACAGCGGAAAGUAGCUAUCAAGCGGAUAACGCCGUUCGACCACUCAAUGUUCUGCCUCCGGACAUUGCGAGAAAUCAAACUUUUGCGCCAUUUUCAGCAUGAAAAUAUCAUCGGGAUACUUGACAUACUCAAACCAAAUUUGGGACCAGACGGAAGCCUAGAUGGCAUGACGGAGGUGUAUCUUGUUCAAGAGCUGAUGGAGACUGAUCUCCACCGAGUCAUCAGAACACAAGAGUUGAGCGAUGACCAUUGUCAAUAUUUCAUCUACCAAACACUCCGUGCACUGAAAGCACUACACAGUGCCGACGUUUUGCACCGGGACCUCAAGCCGUCCAACCUUUUAUUAAAUGCAAAUUGCGAUCUGAAGUUAUGUGACUUCGGGCUCGCCCGUUCGGCACGUCCUCCUCCUGACCACCCAGUAGACGCGUCGACAUUCAUGACAGAAUAUGUCGCUACCAGAUGGUAUCGCGCUCCAGAGGUCAUGUUAACCUUCAAACAAUACACCAAAGCCAUCGACAUUUGGUCUCUUGGCUGUGUUCUCGCAGAAAUGCUGUCCGGAAAGCCCCUCUUCCCUGGUCGAGAUUAUCACCACCAGUUGUCAUUAAUCCUCGAUGUCCUGGGUACCCCUACGCUUGACGAUUUCUACGCUAUCUCAUCCUCCCGUUCGCGUGAAUACAUCCGUGCACUACCCUUUCGAAAAAAGAAAGUCUUCGGAAAACCCGUCCAUGAAGGUGGCGUCAAAGGCUUUGAGGGCAAAAAUCCUCUUGCUAUUGAUCUUAUGGAAAAAUGUUUAAGCUUUAAUCCGAAAAGGAGGAUUGACGUCGAGGGUGCUUUAGCUCAUCCCUAUCUCGCACCCUACCACGACCCAUCCGAUGAGCCCGGCGCUGAGCGCAUUGACAGCGAAUUUUGGUCUUUUGACACCUUCAACAAUGGAAAAGGUCUCAGCAAAGAAGAGCUCAAGGUUUUAAUCUAUGAAGAAGUUAUGCGUGGGGCAUAA